AUGGGUCGCAAGCCUAACCAGCUGAUCCUCGAAUACUUUACGCGUGGCCCCAAGUUGGAAGACGCGAGCAACCGAUAUCAACAUACUUGCAAAGCAUGUGGUGAAAAGUUCCCCAAAGGCCGUAUUGACAGUCUUACGACCCAUUUGGUCAAGAAGUGUCAGGCACUUUCCAUGUCCGCUCGUCAGUCCAUUGUCAUGCGAAUUCAUGAUUUGCCUGCCCUCGACGACUCAGACCCCAACAAAGCUGCAAUGCUAGCCAAGAUUAAGGCAGGAAAGGCUUCUGAUCUGCCAUACUCGACGCGACCAGCUUUUGACGGACUGAACGUGCUAGCUGAGGCAUCACGACGUGUUGGAGCAUCUGACCAAACGAAAAGGGGGCGCGCUAUACGUUUCACACAACCAAUGACCGUCGGUGGCAAGACGAUCAUGAUUGAUCCUGCCCUUGAAGCUGAGGCAUUCCAUCCACCACCUUCGACAGAUAACAACGACGAGUUGAUCCUCGCUGGAGUUGCUGCUGCCGCUAACGCCUCGCUUUCUGCAACUGGAGAGCGUGGUCCAUCCGCUUCACCGUCCUUGCAAAACAACGACUCCCUCCCAACUGACACAAACGCCGAUGAGCGUCAAUCCUCGUCACAGCUAUCAUUGAUUGCAGCUUCUGCCAGUGAGAUGGCUUCUCAGAGUCUUGCAAUGGGCAACGAAUUGACAGACGAGCAAAAUGUUGGAUCUUCAUGGACUGACCAACAGCUGUCUAGCACCGAUCAGUUUCUGCUCGACAGCUUGCAGGGCCAUGAUCCUACACUAGCAGCAACACAGCGUGCUGCGUCAUAUCCACGUCCUAUUGCAAUGAAUCCAAACACUACUUCGACCAAAGGGUUUGUGAAUGAUUUUGGUGCUGGUGCUGCACCUAAACCACAAAAGCCUAAAGUUCGUAGUAGGUUCAGUGCUGAUCGCAGGAAGGAGGUUCAAGAAGUUCGCAAGAGGGGUGCCUGCAUCCGCUGCCGGAUGCUCAAAAAGCCUUGCUCUGGAGAUAGUCCCUGCCAAACCUGUGCCUCUGUUGAGAGCGCUCGUCUGUGGAAACAGCCAUGUAUCCGAACACGUCUUGUUGAAGAAUGUGAACUCUAUGGUGCUGGUCUUCACACAACUCUUGCCUUCCACGAUGUUAAUUCUAUGCAAACCCAAAUAAAAUAUGAGAGCUAUGUUGGUCGUGUAGAGGCUGCACAUUUUGACGAUGGUCCAUUUUAUGUGACAUUCAGUGCACUUAUUGGCCAGAAAGCUGGCAUGUCACCCAUUGACCCUCAACUACAGGCUCUGGUCGAAGAUGGCCAGUUUCAAGGAUCUACUCAGGAUAUGUACAUGCUGGAUGGGGAAACAGACGAUCUUCCUGGCAAAUGCGAGUUUUACAUCAAGAGGCUACAGUCCACUUUCAUCGAGAAUGAGACUUCGCCAAUCAUCAAGUCGACUUUAACACUAGCAGCACACUUGGCUGAUGAGAAAAAGGAUUCGCUGCUUGAUCGUGUGGUCGAACUAUGGCUUGUGACUCAUGUCUUGGUUGACCUGGAAUUACAGUGGAAGCUUUUUGUCCAUCCACUUCUACCCCCGACUCCUGCAGAUACACUGGCUAUGCCGUCCGAGGAAGGCCGUGUUCCAAUCGAUCGCAAUGCCAACGCCGAUUCUUACAAUCUUAUAUGCAGUCAACUUCGCGCAGCUGUGGAAAAGCGCGCUAGCCUGUUGAGCAAGAAUGUAAUGAAUGAACUUGAACGACGACUUCUGCAGCGCCACCACAGCAGUUGGUUUGAGACAUACCUGGUAUCUGUGAUCCUUCUCAAUUGCGUUGAACGUGCCUGUUGGCUCUUUACCAGCUGGGAGAAUGAAAACUUUGUUGGUCGAUGGCCUCUAGAUAAGCGCCCACAGUAUUAUGCCAAUCAAGGCGACAGGUUUUCGGAGAUUCUCCAUAUGCUUCUACGAAUGCGCGGACUGCCUCCGAAGACAACUAUCAAUACAGAGACUAGUUUACUUAAAGCAGUGGAGAACAGUGAUCCCAAUGCCAUCCUGUGGUUUGAUACCAUUCAGAUUUCACCCCUCUACCUAGAAGAACGUCAAAUGGCUCAAUUUGAUCCUACCAACUCACGGUCUCUGGAUCUGAAAUACGCGUCCAAGAUUCUUCUGCCGCCACCAGCUGCUUGAUCCUUAAGCUAGGAGUGUUCGGCAGAUUCGGAGUAAAACUUUUCCUCUUUCUGUUUCUUUUCCGGAGUACGUACUUGCUAUGACCAAUCCAACGAUGUAACGAGUAGGCGGUGGUUUCUUUGAUGACUUUUCAGACUCGAUUUUUAAUGAUAUUAUUAUUAAUCCACUUCUU